AAUAUGAAACUUUGUUGACUCAGACUUGAAGCUUUCACGGGUAGCUCACCACUUCCAGGAAGUGGUACACUGAGGAACUGCUCGAGACGCUUUAUUACAAACAUUGGCAUUUAGCCUAUGCACAAAACUCAAGUAUAAGUAAGUAUAUCGUUUUUUUUUACAUUAAGUGACUUUGUCAUCGUCGAUUCGCGCGAGUCUCCGCGCGUCAGGAUUUGGAUAAAGUGAACUGACAUGAAUGAAUCGCGUGAGAUCAAAACUGAAACGUUUGAAUGAACGCGCCACAGUUUGACGAUAAGUAUGAAUUAUUUCCAUGUAAUAUUGUGAUGGCUUCCUCAACCGAGAAACCCCGCAUUUCAGGAGCAGAGGAGAAGCAGACUGUGAAGGCCCGGCUCCUGUCUUCACAGAUGCUCCUGGUGGAUGCUCUUUAUCACUUGAGCCCUCUGCUAGACUGUGUUAUAUCUGCAGGUCUGCUCUCUAGAGAAAACUGUUAUGAAAUUGAAGCUGAACGAACGCCACCCAACAAAGUCCGAAAGCUUCUAGAGAUUAUUGAUGCUCAGAUGGAUGAAAGUGGAGCCUCUAGUUUCAUGGAGUGUCUGAGAAAAUGCAAGAAACAUUACCCGCGUCUACGAACCUGGUUAACCUCAGAGGAAGAUCACUUCCAACCAACAGGCAUUACGCAAGGUGCAACAGAACGUCAACUACAGGUGCAGUUUAAUGUUUUGUGCUCACGCUUGGGCUGUUCUGUUCUGCCGGUCUCCUUCGAUCUCUUCUCCAGAGCCAUUCUGACUCAGCUGGAGCUGGAGAAAAUCCAAGCAAUACUCAUCCCAACACAGCAAGCACAAACCCUGCUGUCCAUCUGCCUGAAGAAAGGAGAAAAAGCAUGCAAGAGCUUUUACACAGCGCUAAAGAAUGAAGACGAGCAGCUAGCUGAGGAACUUAAUGUGAAAUGUUUGGUGGAAGACCUUGAUAAAAAGCCUGAAAGCAGCAUUGUGCCGAUAGCAGUGGAGGAAACCAGAGGUCACUUGAUGGCUUUCCCUCUGUCAGGAGGCCUGCAGCAGGUCAUGACUCGACUGGGCUUGACUGUGGGGGAUGAGAUUAGGUUUAAUGUCUGUGAGGUUGGUGUGGCGGUAGGUUUGCCGCGUCGGACUGUCAGAGAGUAUUUUCUGGAAGGGGUUGGCAUUGAAGACUCUGCCCAGCUGGAGGCUCUAGUGUCCCUGUAUAUAGAGAAGACAAAGGAUGCUGAGAGACUACUGAGCAGAGUGGCAGAACUCAGCCCUCGAUGGGUCCAGCUUUCAGAGAGGGGGUGCCUGCUGUUGAGGCUGCUGCAAAAAGCCGAGACUCUUCUCCGCAGCGGUAUCCACAGUCACCGGCACGGCUGGGACCACCUUCACGAUCAGGACCAAUUACGCAGCUGGGACCACCUGUGUCCUGAAGACUGCACAGAUCAGCGCACCGUGUGGGCCAUCUUCAGCUUUCUGGUGUGGGACUGCAUGGCAGAGGUUCUGGAAGAGCCGGAGGCGAAGCCUAGCGGAGGCAUACUAGGCAUGAUCGAGCAGCUGAGCGCCAGCGGCAGAGUGGAGGCCGCUUUGUUGCAGGAAGUGGAGCAGUGCUGGACCGAAGGGGAUGCAGAGAGUCUGCUGCAGAGUGUCAGAGUUCUUGCUCAGGUGCUAAGAGACCUUCAUCCCCUCCAGGAAGGCCUCCAGCUGUCCUCUUCAGUUGAAGGCUUGUUUUCCUGCAGGCCCAGCAGGCUACACCGGGUCACUUCCUUCCAGGGCGUCUCUGCGCGGGUCAUCCGUAGAGCUCUAAGCAGCAUGGUUCCAUCCUCCUCGGACCAGGACACAACUCCUCUUGCUAGACAGCACAUGGAGGCAUGCGUUCGGAUCGCACGUCUCCUAGAUGUCGUGCAGCCCAAACGAACCACCGUUGACUUUUCAAAUGCGCCCACUGCUACGGUCAUCCAGCAUGUGCGGUCUGUCUUAUCAAAUCCUGCUUUUAACUCUGAAGCCUUUGACGCGGGAGUUCGCCAUCGCUUGCUUUCAGUGUUGGAGUUCAAUCCUGCACAGCUGGGAUUGGGCUCUCUCAUGCAGCUCCACCAGGAGACCCUAUCCGAAUUCCAAACAUACUUACAACUCGGCGAGCACCACAACUUCCAGUUUAUUCUCGAAUCGGUACGGAUACUCGGAACGGCAAAGCUGUUUUCUGUCAGCAGGGUUCAUGGGCCUGUCGCCAUUGACAAUGGUGUGGAGGAGGUCAUUCGUUUUAUCACGUCAGAACCCACUUCAUUCCUUGUACGAUUGCACUGUCUUUGUUAUGAAGAGGGAAGGGGGCGCUUCAAGGUGUGUGCACCACGUUGUGCAUGUAUGUAUCUGCUCAAAGCAGAAGGCCUGCGUGACAUGCAGUGGUGCGGUGGCAAUGUUUUGGCUGAGAUAGAUGGGAAAGUGUGGGUUAGAGAGGGAGAAAGUAAUGGAUGGGAUGAGCUACAGACGUUGGCUCAGAGACACUCUGCUCAGCUCAAGGAUGAAGGAUGCUGCUUCAGGGUCAAGACCUCAGGGUUGGAGUGUGAGGUCAAAUUUAUAUACAGGAGUGGAAGGCUAUGGGCUACACCACAUAGGGAUUGUGAAGUAGAUUAAAGUACAGGUAGUUGAAACGAUGCUGCAGUGACAAACGGUAGCUGUACAAAUUGAAAUUGGGUAUUGAAAUGGAAACACGCCAAUUUCACAAAAAUUGCCAAAUAUCGUUUUUAUGUUUUAAGUUUUUAUGCUUGCAUGAGGCAAUACAAAAAAAAUAUAUUUUGCAAAACUGUAAUGGAAACAGUUUUUCUGUAUUUACAGGUCACCUGGUGUAAAAAAAAAAAAAAAAAGUCACAUGAUCAUUCUUUAAUGUACUAUAAUCUCCAAGAAACACCUCAAAAGUGGCCGCUCUCAAGUAAAAAGGGCUUUCCUUGCCAUUAAUGCAUAAUAUACCCUUAUUAUGGCCAAGAAACGGUCACCAGAGCUGAUCAUGGCCACUCUAAUCAUGUGAGUCGGUGCUUGUGUUUAUACCAGGUGCGUCACAGCACGCUACCCACAAUGCUUCGCAAAAGAUACACGCCUACUUCUCCUUUGAUUAAACCUAAGCCUAGUGUAAGGUAGUGUACAGUACCUACCUAAACCAGCUAGUGUCACAUGCUGGAUUUCAUUUAAAAGUAUUUUAAAGUUUUGUCCCUCAAAUUUUUAUCAUCUUACAGUACAAAAAGUAUUGAGAAAAAUCCCUCUCUCCCUCUUUCUCUCUCUAUUUAAAUACACACACAUCAUGGCCACAGAUUAAAAAUUUGCUCUCUUGGUUUAGAUAAAUCACAGCAAAUAAAUGAGAAUUUUUUUUCCCACAAUUUUACUAAAAAGAGAGAACAAAUUCUUAACUCUUUGCUACAAUAAAUACAUUUUUGUUUGCAUUUUAAGUGCAGGGCUCCAUAAAAUAGAAAAAGAGCAAGUACAUUAAAUACCACAAAUUUGAAAUUAAAGUGUGAAAAAUUAUAUUUGUGCAGUAUUGUGCUCAGUAUACUAAAGCAUACUGAGGUUUUAUUAAUUGCAUAUCAUAUCAACUCUUGUUUGGUGAUUUACAUGGUACUGUGCUAUUGAAAAAGUUAGGAAUUAUUUACAGAACACUUUAUUAGCAUGUCAGUGUUACAAACUGAACAUUGUUUGAACAUUUAUUGUAGUUAUGAAAGGUUAAUUCCAACUGUUUUACAUUUUCGGCUGUUUUGCUUUUUCACUUCUGAAAAUCGGAAAACAAUGCAUAUAAUAAAAGUUAUCUAAAAAAAAACCGCAAUUAAGCAUUUAAUUAAACUUUAUUGUGGAAUUAUACAUUUAUUAAAAAAAUCUAAGAACUGAUACGUUAAUCAGUUAAUCAGUAUGCCUACAUGCACGCUGACAUUUAAAAUACUUCAUAUGAAGAUUCAAGUAAAUGUCAUAGAAAGUAAAACUGUGAAGUUAUCUAUUGUUUAUCAGUGUAAUCUGGCCAUACCAACACCUCCCACAUAAUUCUCAUGGUUUGUUACGCAGACAUUACACAGGUAAGCUGCAGUAAGGAUGUUUGAUCAGACCACACUAGGGACGUCAAAUGUAUUGGAAUAAUAUUGUGCAUGGAAAUAUGAUGUUAUUUAUAGACCAUAUUCCUUGAGCUCAAGUCAUUUGACAUGAGCUGACAAUGCAAACCAGCCUUCUCUUUUCAGCUUGUCCACCUGUCAGAAAUAAAAUACAAAGUAUCUGAAGUUUUAGAUAAUCUAAGUAUCAAUAUUAAGUUUUAGAAACUACGUAUGAUGUUUAUAUGUGAAAUAAAAAUGAUAUUUCAUA